CCUGGAGGAGGGAGGAACGGUAGCCAGGGUGUCCAUGAGGAAGCCAGCUGUCCCCGCUGUGACCUGGAGAUGACAGCCACACAUCCAGGUAGUGGACACACGAGCCCAUCUCUGAGCCUCAGCUCAAAGCCAGGCAGCACAUGUAUUACGCCGCACAUUUGUUAAGUGCCCUGGCUGCCCAGGCGUGGGGGCUGGGCGCUGAGCCUGAGCCUGACUGAGGGGCCAGGCGUACCUGCCUGCACACCAAGGUGCCAGAGAUGGCUGCCCCCGGAAGGUGACAUCCCCCAGCUACCUUCCUUUUUAAGUGGGAAGAGAACCCGUCAGGAAAUGUUCAGAAGCAUGGCUGUGAAAUGAAGAAAAUGCUGAUGGCUCGAUCUGUGAAGCUGGGACUCUUCACGUCCAGGGAUGGGUGUGACGCGCCCUGGGAGGCUUGCGGGAGAAUGUGGGUGGGGGCUUUGAGGGGAGCCACUGGCUCGGAACGGGUGGCUCUGGUGCUUUGGCUGUUUUGUGGCGCUGGGAAGGAAGCCUUGUGCUUCCUGGGUGAGGGCCCUGCCCUGAGCUACACAGCCCUCCUGAGGUCCCGGGUGCUCAGGGGAUGCCUCAUUGUUCCCACACCCGAGUGUCAGUGUUGAGUGUGGGACCAAGCUCUGUCCCCUGGGUUUUGCCUUCCUGGCCCGCUGCGAUGCUGGGCAUGUCCACAGUUGUCCCUGGCCCAUUUCCUCUUUACACAACAGGAACUAGGCUGUUUUUUUACCUACAGCAGGUAUGUGUGCAACUUAGAGAUCUGACUAUCUGAGCUGAGGCUGCAGAUAGAAAAGCUCUUGGGAAAGAGAUCUCAUGUGAUGGCAGGGCAGGGACCCAGCCAGUGCUGACUACGUGGGAGACUCCAGGGAUGGAGAGCAGCCGGCCUGGUGACAGCACAGGAGAUGGACUGGUCAUGAAAAUUAAGCAGGAGAAGCCAGAGCGGCUGCUGGCAGGGCAGGCUUCCUUGCCAGAGAAAGAUAAGGAGAACAUCUGCCAGCAGCAUCCGGGCCUCCCGACAUGCCAAGCCCUGGGCCGGCCGCGGGCCCUGGGGGCGAAGGAGGAGCCCGGGUGUCUAGGGCGGGCCCCUGCCCCUGAACCUGAUGUAAGGCCCGCAGGCCGGGCCCCUGGGACAGCUGCGGGCCCUCUGAGCCCAGCACUUCCUGCGGGCGCAGGUCACUUUGUGUGCGUGGACUGUGGGAAGAGGUUCAGCUGGUGGUCGUCCCUGAAGACCCACCAGCGCACGCACACCGGGGAGAAGCCCUACCUGUGUGGCAAGUGCGGCAAGAGAUUCAGCCAGAAGCCCAACCUGGCUCGCCACCAGCGGCACCACACGGGCGAGCGGCCCUUCUGCUGCCCCGAGUGCACCCGGCGCUUCAGCCAGAAGCAGCACUUGCUCAAGCACCAGAAGACCCACUCCCGACCCACCACCCACUCGUGUCCCGAGUGUCAGCGCUCUUUCCGUCACCAGGUAGGCCUGCGCAUCCACCAGCGAGCACACGCCCGGGAUCGUCAGGGCUCGCGCUCUGGUCUGCAGGAGGCACAGCGGGACCCGGUGGUGCGCAGGACCUGUCGCCUGCGGCCGGGGCCACCUCGAGGACGUCCCGAGUGGGCCUGGCUAGGGUUGUGCCGAGGUUGGUGGGGACAGCCGGGAACUCGGAUCACUCCUGGGCCCAGCGGGGAGCAGCGCCAGUUCAUCUGCAAUGAGUGCGGCAAGAGCUUCUCAUGGUGGUCGUCACUGAACAUCCACCAGCGCAUCCACACGGGCGAGCGGCCCUACGCCUGCCCUGAGUGUGGCCGCCGCUUCAGCCAGAAACCCAACCUCACUCGGCACCUGCGCAACCACACCGGGGAGAGGCCACACCCUUGCUCACACUGCGGCCGCAGCUUCCGCCAGAAGCAGCACCUGCUGAAACAUCUGCGCACGCACCUGCCUGGCGCGCAGGCAGCAUCAUGCUCCCGCUGCGGGCAAAGCUGCCCCAGCCGCGCCGCGCUGCGCGCCCACCAGUGCGCGCGUGCCUCCGAGCUGCCUCAUCCCGGGCCCGAGCUCGAGGGUGGGGAGACGCACGCUGAGCCACGCACUGAGGGGGGCCCCGGGGGUCUGGACUCUACGCAACUCUGUAGUCCACAGGAGACAGAGCACCAUGUUCUGUGGGGCCAGGGUGCCGCAGGCCUAGCGGGACCCAGCGAGCAGCGGCAGUUCAUCUGCAAUGAGUGUGGCAAGAGCUUCUCGUGGUGGUCGGCGCUCACCAUCCACCAGCGCAUCCACACGGGCGAGCGGCCCUACGCCUGCCCGGAGUGCGGCCGCCGCUUCAGCCAGAAGCCCAACCUCACCCGGCACCAGCGCAACCACACCGGGGAGCGGCCCUACGUGUGCGCUGCGUGUGGCCGCGGCUUCCGGCAGAAACAGCAUCUGCUCAAGCACCAGCGCGUCCACCGUGGAGCCCCGGCGCCCGGGCCUUGUACCUCCCAAGAGGAGGAGGAAGAGGCGCUGUAGUGUGUGUGUGUGGGGGGUGCCUAUGGGGCCCCGGGAGGGCAGGCAUGCCGGCACUUUCCUCUAGACCCACACAGAAGGUCGUUCCACCGGGUAACGAGGCCCAAGAACAGAAUUCCAGCAACAUCCGAGGGUGCUUGGCAGAGCGCCCAGGUUGUGCUGAAGGAGGGGGUGAGAUCUGCUGUUCCCCCAAACCUGGCCCCCACGCUGUGCUGUGCGUCUCCAAUAGGUGGACCCUAGACCUCUCAGGCUCUGCGUGAGGGGGCUGUUGGGGUCCCUGAGAGGGGUAUGAAAUUGCCAGGAUUGGUGAGCCGCCAAACUCGGGCUGUAGGGUAGCCUGGGGACCGUCCUCAUGAGACAGUGGCCACCAACUCUGGAGACUGCAGGUGGAGAAGAGGUGAUGGGUAGGGAGGGGCAAGCACAUUUCCAACACCACUGUUUGCCCUUAGGGACCAUCCAUUUAACAACGCUAUUGGUGUACUGGUAUCAUGCAAGAUUCCCCUUAAUGACCAUCCAAUAAAUAUUUCUGGGGAGCUGAAUAAUUUGGUAUUUCUUUUCCAAGGCUUAGU